AUGUUUGCUUUGCUUUUUGCUGCAAGUGUCUCCAGAAUGGCUCGCCGCCCGGCCAUCAUUCAGGAAUCAAUGUCAAAUGGAUUCUCAUGUGAUAUUUGCACAAUUCUUGUCGACAAGAUUGAGGAUUUACUUAAAGAUCAAAAGACCGAGCAAGAAAUAGCAGAUGAGCUUUCUCAGUACUGCUCUAUAUUAGGUACGAAAUACCAGUCAAACUGUGUGAAACUCGUUCAGCAAUACUUACCACUUAUAAUGAUUUACUUGGAGAAAGGUAUAGAGCAUGCACAAAUAUGUACUAAACUUGGAUAUUGUGACUCCAUGAUCCAGGCCCGCAAUGUACAAGUCACCGCAUGCGACAUGUGCACAAAAGUUGUUGGAACAAUUGAAGAACUUCUUAAGAAUAGUUAUGCUGAAGCCGAGAUUGCUGCAUACAUUGCACAACUUUGCGAUACAAUCCCAUUCCCAGUUUCUACCCUCUGCCAGGUCAUUGUUGAAAAGUACAUUCCAAUCAUCAUCAAAUGGCUCGAAUCCGGAAUGGAGCAUGCCGAUAUUUGCACCAAGCUUGGCUUCUGUUCAACACAAGGAGUUACUGUUGUUAAUGGAGGCGGCUGCGACAUGUGCACAAAAGUUGUUGGAACAAUUGAAGAACUUCUUAAGAAUAGUUAUGCUGAAGCCGAGAUUGCUGCAUACAUUGCACAACUUUGCGAUACAAUCCCAUUCCCAGUUUCUACCCUCUGCCAGGUCAUUGUUGAAAAGUACAUUCCAAUCAUCAUCAAAUGGCUCGAAUCCGGAAUGGAGCAUGCCGAUAUUUGCACCAAGCUUGGUUUCUGUUCAAAAUCUAUUGUUGCCAAACCAGAUAACGGUCUUACUUGCGAUGUUUGCAAGAAGAUUAUUGCUCAAGUCAAAAGGUGUCUUGAUGACCAAAAGGUCGAAAGUGAAAUAAGAGAAUACUUAGACUCUCUUUGUGAAACACUCCCAGUCCCAUACAGUACACUUUGUAAGAGUGUUGUUGAUGAUCACCUUGUCGAAAUAAUAAAGUGCAUUGAAGCAGGAAUGGACCAUCUUCAAAUUUGUGCCAAGCUCGGAUAUUGUGCAACAAAAUCUAAAGCAAGACGCCCAACAAUAUGA